AUGAGCCAGGCCAGCUGGGUGAAGGACCAGUUCCUUAACCGGGGCGUCAACCAUUUUGUCAUCUUCUCCUCCCUGGGCCAGGUGAUGACGAGCAGCGGCGACUUUGAGGAUGAGGAGAAACAACAACUGGCGUAUACGAUAGUGCAGCAGAUAUCUACUUUGCUGCAGCCUGAGGAAACUGUCAAACGUCUCUCCAUGACGUUUGACGAUGUCGUCUAUAUCGCCACCACGAUUGUAGGCCAGGGAGGUAACUUUGGUGUCGUGGUGAAGAGAAAUGCGGCGGAUGUCCUGACGACGGCAUAG